CCUCCCUCCCUCCCUCCCUCUCCUUUCCAAAUCUCAAGACACACCCCCAGAGCACAAGCACAAACACUGAAACACUCCUGAAGAAACGACGAUGCUUUUCUCUCUUUCUUCUUCCCUCUAUCGCUAAAACUGAAACUGUUCCUCUUCUUCAAUCAAUCAAACAAAGAUGAGUACAGUAGACAAGAUGCUGAUAAAAGGAAUCCGGAGCUUCGACCCGGAAAACAAACACGUCAUCACCUUCUUAAAGCCUCUUACUCUCAUCGUCGGCCCCAACGGCGCUGGAAAAACCACGAUAAUAGAAUGCUUGAAAGUUGCAUGCACCGGAGAGUUGCCUCCGAAUGCUAGGUCUGGUCACAGUUUCAUCCAUGACCCUAAGGUUGCCGGUGAAACGGAGACGAAGGGGCAAAUUAAGCUGCGGUUUAAGACCGCGGCCGCGAAGGAUGUGGUGUGUAUUAGGUCGUUUCAGUUGACACAAAAGGCGUCCAAAAUGGAGUAUAAAGCCAUUGAGAGUGUGCUUCAAACGAUCAAUCCACAUACUGGAGAGAAAGUCUGCCUUAGCUAUAGAUGUGCUGAUAUGGAUCGAGAAAUUCCUGCUUUGAUGGGUGUCUCGAAGGCCAUUCUAGAAAAUGUUAUAUUCGUGCACCAGGAUGAAGCGAAUUGGCCUCUACAAGAUCCUUCCACGUUAAAGAAGAAAUUUGAUGAUAUCUUCUCUGCUACUCGAUAUACAAAAGCCUUGGAGGUCAUCAAAAAGCUUCACAAGGAUCAAGCUCAAGAGAUAAAGACAUACAAACUAAAAUUAGAGAAUCUUCAAACCUUGAAGGAUGCUGCUUAUAAGCUUCGGGAAAGCAUUGGUCAAGAUCAAGAGAAAACAGAAAUUUUAAAAGUCCAAAGUCAGGAGUUAGAAAGUAACCUUCAGAAUUUGGAUGCAAAAAUUCAUCACACUGAAGUAACUCUGAAAGAUAUGAGAAAAUUACAGGACCAAAUAACAAUCAAGACUGCUGAAAGAAGCACUUUGUUCAGGGAGCAGCAGAGGCAGUAUGCAGCUCUUGCUGAAGAAAAUGAAGACACUGAUGAAGAACUACAGGAGUGGAAAACCAAGUUUGAUGAAAAGAUUGCAAGUUUGGAAUCGAAUAUUUGCAAAUUGGAGAGGGAAAUGAAUGACAUGGAGACAAAGGGUUCUUUUCUUAAGCAAAACAUUAAUGAGUAUAUCCGAGAGAUCAGCAGGCUUCAGACUGAAGCGGAGGCUCAUGCAUCCUUGAAGAAUGAAAGAGAUUCCAAUAUCCAAAAAAUGUAUACAAGAAAUAAUCUAGGUCCUCUUCCUAAUGCCCCUUUCAGUGAUGAUGUUGCUGCGAACCUCACAAAUAGAUUAAAGUCAAGGUUGGUGGAUCUUGAUAAGGAUCUACAAGAUAAGAAGACAUCGAAUGAUAUUGAAGUUAAGAGAGCAGAGAAUUGCUACUGGGAUGCCAAUGAACGCUGGAAAAAUACGGAGGCUCAAAAACAGGCUAAAGUAGAGAUAAAGAAUAGCAUUUUAAAUCGCAUUACAGAGAAGGAAAGGGAGCACUCUUCAUUUGAAGAACAAAUUUCACAUGUUAAUCUUUCUCACAUUGAUGAAAAAGAAAAGAACAUGCGAAUUGAGGUUGAGAGAAAGACGAAUCAGCUAGCUGAAAGAGAAUUUGAAUCACACAUACGACAAAAGCAGAGUGAGCUGUAUGGCAUAGAGCAACAGAUUAAGGUUCUUAAUCGAGAGAAAGACAUUUUGGCUGGAGAUUCUGAGGACAGAGUGAAACUGUCUCUAAAGAAAGUAGAGCUGGAAAACCAUAAAAAGAAACAUCGAAAAAUAAUUGAUGAAUGCAAGGAUAAAAUCAGAGGAGUGCUAAAAGGGAGGCUUCCUCCAGAUAAAGAUUUGAAGAAGGAAAUUACUCAGACCCUAAGGACUCUUGGGCUGGAGUUUGAUGACUUGAAUAUGAAAUCCCGUGAAGCUGAGAAGGAGGUAAAUGUGUUGCAGAUGAAAAUACAAGAAGUUAAUAAUAACCUUUCCAGACAUCGCAAGGACAUGGACUCUAGGAAGAGAUUUAUUGAAUCCAAACUCCAGUCCUUGGAUCAACUGUCAUUUAGUGUUGAUUUAUAUCUCAAAGCAUUGGAGUCGUCCAAGGAGAAAAGAGAUGUUCAGAAAAGCAAGUACAAUAUUGCAGAUGGUAUGCGACAGAUGUUUGAUCCUUUUGAACGAGUUGCCCGUGCUCAUCAUGUGUGCCCUUGCUGUGAACGUCCUUUCUCUGCUGAAGAGGAAGAUGAAUUUGUUAAAAAGCAAAGAGUGAAAGCUGCAAGUUCUGCAGAGCAUAUGAAAGUGUUGUCUAUGGAAUCUUCAAACGCAGACACUGUUUUUCAGCAGUUGGACAAGCUUCGUAUGGUUUAUGAAGAAUAUACCAAAAUUGGCAAGGAAACAAUUCCUCUUGCUGAGAAAAACUUGAGUGAGCUAACUGAAGAGCUGGAACAAAAGUCUCAAGCCCUUGAUGAUGUGUUGGGUGUUUUAGCUCAAGCAAAGGCCGAAAAAGACUCAGUUGAGGCCUUGGUGCAACCUGUUGAAACAGCUGAUAGGCUCUUCCAAGAAAUUCAGACUUGGCAAAAGCAAGUUGAUGAUUUAGAAUACAAGCUUGAUUUUAGAGGGCAAGGUGUUAGAACCAUGGAAGAAGUGCAGUCAGAGCUAAGUAGUUUGCAAGGCACAAAGGAUAAUUUGCAUAAUGAAGUGGAGAAGUUAAGGGAUGAGCAAAGGUACAUGGAAAAUGAUUUAUCACAUAUUCAAAUUCGGUGGCAUGCUCUGCGGGAGGAAAAAGUUACAGCAGCUAAUAUGUUGCGUGAUGUUAAAAAGUCAGAAGAAGAGUUAGAACGUUUGGUAGAGGAAAAACAUCAAGUUGAGCUGGAAGAGAAGCAUUUGGCAGAGGCUGUUGGUCCUUUAUCUAGGGAGAAAGAAAAAUUACAGGGUGAACACAAUGAGUUGAAAGUCCAACUUGAGCGGGAAUACGAGGAACAAAAAAAACAGUUAGACGACUUUAAACAGGAGGUUGACACACUUGUUAGAAUUGCAUCAAAGAUUAGAGAGUUUUAUAAUUUAAAGAAAGGUGAAAGAUUGAAAGAAAUGCAAGAAAAACUAUCUUUAUCCGAGUCCCAACUUCAAGGUUGUGAUGCUAGGAAGCAGGAAAUUUUAGCAGAACUCAAUGACAGUAAAAAUGCAGUGCGAAGUCAAGAUAACCUUAGAAGAAGUAUUGAGGACAACUUAAAUUACAGGAAAAUAAAGGCUGAAGUGGAAGAGCUUACCAGGGAGAUUGAAUCAUUGGAAGAGAGAAUACUGAAGAUUGGUGGGUUUUCCUCAUUUGAAGCUGAACUUGCAAAGCUAUUACAAGAAAGAGAGAGACUUCUUUCAGAGCUGAACAGGUUCCGUGGAACAAUGUCUGUUUACCAGAACAAUAUUUCGAAGAAUAAAAUUGAUCUUAAACAGGUGCAAUACAAAGAUAUUGAUAAGCGAUACUUUGAUCAGUUAAUCCAGCUAAAGACUACUGAAAUGGCAAACAAGGACCUGGACAGAUACUACAAUGCACUUGACAAGGCACUCAUGCGCUUCCACACAAUGAAAAUGGAGGAAAUUAAUAAAAUCAUACGGGAAUUGUGGCAACAAACAUACAGAGGACAGGAUAUAGAUUAUAUUAGCAUACAUUCAGAUUCUGAAGGUGCUGGGACUCGUUCUUACAGCUACAAGGUUAUCAUGCAGACAGGAGACGCUGAGCUUGAAAUGAGAGGAAGGUGUAGUGCUGGUCAGAAGGUCCUUGCUUCACUUAUUAUUCGGUUGGCUUUAGCCGAGACAUUUUGCCUCCACUGUGGAAUACUAGCUCUAGAUGAACCUACAACAAACUUGGAUGGCCCAAAUGCUGAGAGUCUUGCUGCAGCUCUCCUUAGAAUCAUGGAGGAUAGAAAGGGCCAAGAGAAUUUUCAACUGAUUGUAAUCACUCAUGAUGAGCGAUUUGCUCAACUUAUUGGUCAACGACAGCAUGCAGAGAGAUACUAUCGAGUUGCAAAAGAUGAUCAUCAGCAUAGCAUAAUUGAAGCGCAAGAGAUUUUCGACUGACAUUUCAAAAUGAGGCAGAAACUCCCCUUAUCCCAUUGAAUGCUCUGUUUGAAACGGAAGCAAAACCCAUAAACCAGUUGUAUGCAAAACUAUUGUAAUUUUUAAUUUAAAUACCAUUGAUCUUCCUCGCAAAUACUUUUAUUUUUUCCUCCUAUUAGUGAAAGCUACAACAGCAAUCCGUAUUUAUCCUCCUGCCUCUGUCUAAUCCAUGGCUGGGCUGCGGCUUUUCUGAUAUCCAAGAUGGUUUAAGACUUGAGCUGAAUGCGUGAUCGUCACUCACUUUAUCCAGUGAUGUAGUGGAUUUUGAUACCAUCUUCUGAUAUAAUGCUGUUUUAGAACGUCAUCUAGCAUCACCUCUUGCCCCCCUCCUAAUUAAACUUUCUAAUGAAACUAACAGUCUAUACGGACCCCUGCACGAACAAGCAAUGGAAGCAUGAAGGGAAAGUAAAUGAAAGGGCCUGAGAAUUUCGUAUUUUGCAUAAUUGCUUUGUAAUUAAAGUCAAAAUGCACCUAGAGAAGAUGACAGAAAGCGAUGAACUCGACUCCGACUCCGACUCCGUCUCUUCCAAUGGAAUGCUCUCGCUGUUAACAGAGCCUUUACCUGCUUUUGAGGCCUAUGGCCUGACCCAGUUAUAGGCCCUUUGAUUUGCCAUUGGAGCACAUCUUCCAGAUAUAAGUGGCAUAGUCAUGGUUGUUGAUUCAAAGACACGGAGCCAUUUUCCAAUUGUUGCUAGCAUGAAAGCUUAUAUAAAGCUAUAAUUCAUUACUUUAUUGGUUGGACAAUCAAAUACAUGAUAAUAAUAGAACAGGCCAUUGAGAGGAUGGAACAUUAUCAGAACCCAUAUGACAUGACAUUCAUCCCAGCAUGACAAAAGGAACUCAUCCCACCAUGACCAAAAAGAAAAAAAAAGAGAGAACCAGCAUAAAAG